GUUCCUCCACAACUCCAGUCGCAGUAUUCCUCGGAAUCUUCCUCCUCCGAUCCCCUCUCUUCUCUUCUUCCUCCACCCUCCCCGCCCUCCACCUGUUCGACCAAAUCACCCACCCUUUCUCUCCCGCGCUACAUAUACCAUCGCGCCAUUUCACCGCUCUCUAGCUCUCGCCAUCCAUCACCCAGUCACCGCGUCCGCGUCACGAUGCUCAAGGCGCUCAACCCCACGCCGAUCCGGCUCCGCCCGGCCUGCCGCACCCCCUCGCCGGGGUGCGCGCGCGCGGCGCGGCGCCGGGCCACGGGAUGCACGCGCAACAGGGCGAUCCCGCAGCAGCCGCCCGUGCGCCGGCCCUCUGGGGACCGGUGCGUGCCGUGGCGCGGCGCGGGCCCCGCGGGCCCCGCUGCGGCGCCGGCUUCCCCUGUCGCCGCUCCGGCGCCUGGGGCUGGCGCGGGCGCGGGGGCGAGGGGCGAGCUGGAGGCGUUCUUGGAGGUGGUGCCGGCGAGGAUGCGGCGGGACCUGGCGAUGCACCCGGAGGUGCGGGAGCUGGUCGAGGUCGUCAUGGACCUCGGGCGCCGCCCGCUCGCGCGCUUCCCGUCCGGUGACUGGGUGAUCUCCGACCAGCCUGUCACCGCCGAUGACCUCCGCCAGGCCGUCUCCAAGGUAGGCAAUUUCUCCGAGGACAAUCGAUCCGGGAUCAACCACUCGUUGCACAGGAUCAGUGCCAUCCGAAACCGGAAGGCUCACAUAAUUGGUCUCACCUGCCGUGUCGGACGAGCUAUAUCUGGUAGUGCAGAGAUGAUCCGUGAUUUGGUCGUGGGAGGCGGCUCUAUUUUGGUGAUUGGACCUCCUGGAGUAGGGAAGACUACUCUGAUCAGGGAAAUAGCUAGAAUCUUGGCAGAUGAAGGUAAGAAACGUGUGAUCAUUGUGGACACAUCCAAUGAAAUAGGAGGUGAUGGGGAUGUACCUCAUUCUGGCAUUGGGCGUUCUAGGAGAAUGCAAGUUCCGAAAGUUACGAUGCAGCAUAACGUAAUGAUUGAGGCUGUUGAGAAUCACAUGCCGGAAGUUAUUGUGAUCGAUGAGAUUGGUACAGAGCUUGAAGCAUUGGCAGCAAGCACCAUUGCUCAAAGAGGCGUUCAACUUGUUGGAACUGCUCAUGGGGUGACAAUUGAGAGCAUAAUAAAAAACCCUUGCUUGCAAAUGCUUGUUGGUGGGAUCGAGAGUGUGACUCUUGGAGAUGAAGAGGCAAAGAAGCGGAAAGUUCAGAAAACAAUUCUUGAGAGAAAAGGGCCCCCAACAUUUUCAUGUGCUGUUGAGAUGGUAUCUAAGACUGAAUGUCGAGUGCACCACAAGUUAGAAACCACAGUUGAUGCUAUUCUUGCAGGGAAGCCUCCUAAGUUUGAAGCUCGCGUGAUGGACAGCAAGGCCACCGAGCCAGGAGCAUCUUUUGUGAUACCUGAGAUGGAAUAUGAAAUGGAACCCUUGCCCUCAUGUCAGGAACAUCUAGUCACCAGGACAAUCACAUCUGAAGAUCAAUUCGUUGAUGAUUUUGGUUCCACCAGGCAAACAAAAAGCAAGAGUGUUCCAUCAGACGACUAUUUGGAUGGUCAUUCUGGUUAUACGAAGAAAACAAAAGGCAAAACAUAUGCGGCUGAAAGGCCUCCAGUUCGUGUUUACACAUACCAGGUUUCAGAAUCUGAUGUCUUGCAAGUAGCAAGUGUGAUGGGUUUUGAUGACGAAUUAGAAAUAACAGAUGACAUUGGAGCUGCCAAUGUGAUUCUUGCAUCAAGUUCUGAAAUGAAGCAGAAUCCUUGGAUCCGUAAUGUUGCCAAAUACCACAAGCUUCCCAUUUUCGUCGUUAAGACAAACACAAUGGCUCAGAUAGUAAAGGCUGUCAAAAUGAUUGUUGGAAGAGAUAAACUUAAUGCACCAUCACGCAAGCAACCUAAGGUUUUGGAGGGAGAGAUAGAGAUUGAUGAUGAUGCUCCAAAACGGAAGCCAUCAUUGGAGGAAAUUGAUGCGUUGGAGGAGGCCCGGUUGGCAAUUGAAUACAUUGUAAUUCCAGGAGGUGAGCCAGUCGAACUCCUCCCAAGGUGUUCAGAAAUAGUUGCUCGUCAGCUAGAGCUUGUUGAGAGCUACCAGCUACUAGCCGAAACCUUUGGAACCGACCCCAAUUCAAGGUUGCAGAUUCUUCCUGUGAAAAUAACCAAGAAGAGUUCAAGCCAGGGCGCUCAAGGACAGACAUCCACCAAUAAAAGUGCGUCGGAUCUGAUCGUCAACGAAAAUGGUGGGGGCUUCAGCUUCUCACGGCUGCCCUUUCUGCCGAAGUGACACCCUAGAUUGAUACAUUGAUCACAACCAGAAUGUACAUCAUUCUUCUCUCUUCUUCUUGGUAUUGUUGUACAGAGCUGUGCACGGUGGUGUAAAUAGUGUUGAAUGUCCAAGAAUCGAAAGAGCAAAGCUAAUUGUAAUCGCCUUCCAUUCUUUUACUGAAAUAAAGUCUCUCACAUUGCGUCUUGAACUUCUUGUCAGGCUCAGGCUACAAUCCUGUAAUCUUGAAUAAUUCUGUGUACCUAAGCUUGAACCCUAAAAGGCUAAAUUCAUGUGUGCA